AUGAUUUUAGGACUCCAGGAGGAUCAAAACCCUCUAGCAGAGUUCAAGACUCUAGGGGCUACAACAUGGGAUGCCACUGACUGCUCUGAUGAAACCCUCAGUAAAGUCAACUUAAAUUACCUCACUGAAAGUGGACUUCCUCUACUGCAUUUAUGUUGCCUUUGCAGAAGGCAUUCACUUCCAGAGUUUAGCCUUUAUUUUUCUCUCUUAAACAAGAAGUCACAUAUUUGAACCCUUAUGUUAGAAGGACUCUGCUCCUUUCCACUGACUAGGGACAGAUUUAUGGCCUUGCACCUAGCAGUUUACAAGGACAGCACAGAAUUGAUCACUUCUCUGCUUCACAGUGGUACACUGGCCUCACUGCCCUCCACAUUGCUGUCAUGGCUGGUCACCUGGAGGAACUUGACAUUUGAGUUAAGACUCAAGGUUUUUAUAGCUUGCUCCAGUGGCAUCUUCAGAGUUGCAGAACUUCCAAGUUUCAGGUUUCACAGGAGCAAAAAGUUCUUUCUCUCAAUUAGGAAGAUGCUAGAAGGUAAUCCACUCCUUUGGAGACUUGGUGCCAAUGUGAAUGUAAGUGGCAAAGUUGGAGAUAGGCCUCUCCAUCUGGCACCUGCAAAAGGGUUUUUUAACAUUGCAAAACUCCCGCUGGAAGACCAGAGUAGAGCAGAUGUUUACAAUAGGCAGAGGGACACCUGUGUGAAUGCUGAACACAUAACUGUGUCUUUGAAAAGGCCUCACUCUUCCAAGGGGUCAAGAACUGCAUCACUUUUUCCUUUUAUUAUCAACGCCAACCUCAGUGUUUUAUUCUUCUGCACAACUCCAAAGCUCAGUAAUGUCAAAAUGAGUGCCAUUUAUGAUCAGCAUAUAUCCAGGAUCAAAGAACUCUUCUGCAAAAGGAUAAGGAGCUUUGGCCAUCACAAGCUAGAGAAGUAUCUGCUCCACAGUGACUUGGACGUUCAGCCUCAUGUUGUUAAUCUCUAUGGAGACACUCCUUUGCACCUAGCAAGCUACAAUGGCAAAUUUGAAGUCGCUAAGGAGAUUGUUCAAAUAACUGGGCAGAGUUUGACUAAAGAAACUAUCUUUAGCUUUUCACAGUCUUUAUUUUUAUUCUUUUACAGUGCUUGUGACUACAGCAAACACACUGAUCUGGUUAAAUUUCUUGGUCAGAAUGUGGUAAAUACCAAUCACCCAGGAAGCGGUGGGCACACAGGAUUACACUCUGUUUGCUACUGUGGCCACAUUCACCUGGCUCGAUUCCUACUGGAUAAUGGAGCUGAUGUGAAUCUGCUUGCUUGUGAUCUCAGCAGGUAGGGGCAAAAAAAUGAGCAGACAUGUUUGAUGUGGUCUUAUGAAAAAGCUUUAGAUCAAAGACUUCAAGAGACCAUCAUUAGGAAAGCAGCUCUGGGGCUAGUGAGCAGAAGGCAGUCUCAGUAUCGGCACAUUGAGAAGGGACUGAAUGGACUAUUGUGUAUCAAGUCUGAGAGAUGCAUUCGAGGUGCAAAUAAGGCUGUAUCAUCUCCCAUCUUAAAAUCCUUCAUGACACAUUAUCGCCUGGGAGAAAAAUGCCAGCUCGUUGCAGCACACAAGGACGACCUCACGCAGAGUCCCUGUCUCACCGGGGUGGCCCUACCUGACACAGCCAUCCUCACUGCACUGUGUCCCCAGCCUUCCCACAUGCGGGGAGGCAAGGUCAGAACUGGCAGCAUGAUGAUACCAGAGAAGGGCGAACAGUGGAAGUCACUUGCCGACCUCCCUGUUCAGUGCUGCUGGAAACUCCUGUGUGUCUGUUCAAUCCCUUUGAGGAGGAUUAAAAGCAUGACAAAAGAGAAGGCAGGUGUUCUCUUAAGGGCUGGAUUGCCUUUACAUUUUCAUCUUCAGCUGUCAGAAAAGGAGUUUCAUGAGAUUAUCAGCUCAGGUUCUUUUGGGAAUGUAUAUAAAGGAUGAUGCAGAAAUAAGGUAGUUGCCAUAAAGCUGUAAGCAAGUCACACCUACUGCUCUAGGUCAGCUGGGUUUAUGUGAGAGGUGUCCACCCUCUGCCAGCUCAGUCAUUCCUGUGCAAUUCAGUCUGUGGGUGCUUGCUUAAACGUCAGCCAGUUUGCCACUAUCACUCAGUAUAUCUCAGGAGGUUCUCUGCUCACCCUUCUUCAUGAGUAGAAGAGUGUUCUUGAUUUGCAGUCUAAGUUAGUAGAUGUUGCCAAAGGUAUAGAGUACCUUCACGACUCAGUCCAGGCAAUUAUACACCAUGAUUUGAACAAUCAUAAUACUGUCCUUUGAGAGGAUGGUCGUGAUGUGAUGGCUGAUUUUGAAGGCGAGAUUUCCAGCAAUCCUAUGCUAAAUGAUGUCACUUUCGGUCUUCAUUCCUGCUUGGAGCCUGAUACUGCCAAUGUCUUCAGCUGUACUCUGUGCCUAGGGGAUAUGGCCACCAGCAAGAUUCCCUUCGCCCAUCUCACACCAGCAGUGGCAGCAGCAGAUGUGGCUUACUACCACAUCAGGCUUCCCAUUGGUGGUCCCAUCCCUAAGCCCAUAUCAUCUCUGGUAAUGCAAGAUUGGAACGCAUGUCUUGAAAAGAACUACCUGGUGUCCACUGUGUUCCCCAAAAGUGUCCGAAGAGAUGCCGCAACUUGUGUUGGGAUCGCGGUGCAUGCCAGUGUCUAA